AUGAGUUUAGUCAUGAGCAACCAUUUCAAUCGUUUUAGAUCACAUAGUUUCGAGCAAAAUCUCCCCUUCAAGAGGUCCCUUGAAGAGGAUGUCGAAACAUCAAACAAGAGGUCCAAAACAGCUCCACCAUCGCCACCAUCAAAUGUUCACUCAAAAGUUGUCAUAGAAAAUAUCAUAAGACCAAAGCUACCACCAACAAGUCUUAGGUCCAAAUCUUUAUCCCCAAAGAAGCAAUUUGUGAACCUCCUUUCACCUUCAAACUCGCCAUCAACAUCUCCCUUGAGUUCUCCAGAAAAUCUCAAAUUACCAAGUAUUAAUGCAUUGAAACAGAACCGCCCUACCCCUUGUUCCACAGUUUCACUGGAAUUCUUUGACACCUGCAGUGACAAAAGCUGGAGGUCGGAGUUGUUGGACAAAAUCAUGAAAGAAUCAAAAACUUACCAUCUCACUAAAUACAACUAUCUCAACAAUAAUUGCAAGCCAAAUUUUACAUCAAAACUAAGCUCCAAAAUAUCAUUGGAAACAACUGCAACAGUCGAUAAAAAAAUCAACUUUCCAUUCGAGUCAAACUACACAUAUUUGGACGGCGCAUUCAUGACUGAUGUCAAGAAUUUCCCCCAAUAUUUGAAGCUUGCUAAUAAGCCCAAAUCACUUGUUUCACCACCAACUGAAACGCCUCGCACACUUCAAGCUUCAGCAUUUACACAACCAAAAACACCAACACACCAAACAGACAAAUUACCAAGCUUUCAUACAUUGCCGCUGGUCGGACAUCCGCUUUCAUCGCAUACAACAAUUUUUCAUCCUUCUUCGUUAGAGCACUACCACAACCACCGUACAUCACCUCCAGCAAAUACCACUCAUAAAUUUAUAAUUCAAUCGCCAAAACUGUCACGCUCUGGCUUGCCUAAAACGCCACCUAGAACCCAUAACCACCAUCAAAACAGCACAAGAGCAUGCAUUUCAUGUGGCCUGCAAGACUCGCCAUGUUGGAGACCUUCUUGGUCCAUUAAAGAGGGUCAACUUUGUAAUUCUUGUGGAUUGAGAUACAAGAAGACAUCAGCAAGAUGUUUAAACGACGCAUGCAGAAAAGUACCGGCCAAAGGGGAGUGGGCAUUGAUGCAAAGCAAAGGAAAAGUAACGUUUGAGGAUGGAACUGAUGGUUACAGUUGUUUGGAUUGUGGUUGGAAAGUCGAGGUUAAGUAA